GCCGCGGCGGCAGCCACAGUGCCGGGACGAGAGGGGGGACCCGAGGGCACCAGGAACACCUAGGUACCUGGGAGUAAUUAGAGCGCUUUGAAGGCUAAAAUAUACCUUUGAGUUUUUACCUGUGAACACAAUAGCGCUGAGACACUCUGAAAGCAAAGAGGCGGAGACCGAUCAGUCACCCCAAGGGACACUAAAGUUGAAAGUUUUGCUUUUUCCUCCCCUGUUUUCUUUUUGCCCCGUGUGUCACUACUAUGGUCAGAAAGCCCGUGGUGGCCACUAUCUCCAAAGGAGGCUACCUGCAGGGAAAUGCUAAGGGGGUGCUGCCCUCCACGGGGGGCAGCGAGCCCCCUGAGCAGGAGAAAGUGGUGCUGAAGAAGAAGAUCACCCUGCUGAGGGGCGUCUCCAUCAUCAUUGGCACCAUCAUCGGCGCCGGGAUCUUCAUCUCUCCCAAGGGCGUGCUGCAGAACACGGGCAGCGUGGGACUGUCUCUCGUGAUCUGGACGGUCUGUGGGGUCCUGUCCCUUUUUGGAGCCUUGUCCUAUGCUGAAUUGGGAACAAGCAUAAAGAAGUCUGGAGGUCAUUAUACAUAUAUUCUGGAAGUGUUUGGCCCAUUACUAGCUUUUGUACGCGUCUGGGUGGAACUGCUCAUAAUACGCCCUGCAGCUACAGCUGUGAUAUCCCUGGCAUUUGGACGCUACAUCCUGGAACCGUUUUUUAUUCAGUGUGAAAUUCCUGAACUGGCAAUCAAGCUUGUUACAGCUGUGGGGAUAACUGUGGUGAUGGUUCUAAAUAGCAUGAGUGUCAGCUGGAGUGCCCGGAUCCAGAUUUUCCUCACCUUUUGCAAGCUCACAGCAAUUCUGAUAAUUAUAGUCCCUGGAGUUAUACAGCUAAUUAAAGGGCAAACACAACACUUUAAAGACGCCUUUUCAGGAAGAGAUGCCAGUAUCAUGGGGUUGCCCCUGGCUUUUUAUUACGGAAUGUAUGCUUAUGCUGGCUGGUUUUACCUCAAUUUUGUAACUGAAGAAGUAGACAACCCUGAAAAAACCAUCCCCCUUGCUAUAUGUAUAUCCAUGGUCAUUGUCACAAUUGGCUACGUGCUGACCAAUGUGGCCUACUUUACAACCAUUAGCGCUGAGGAGCUGUUGCUUUCAAAUGCAGUGGCAGUGACCUUUGCUGAGCGGCUCCUGGGAAAUUUCUCAUUAGCAGUUCCGAUCUUCGUUGCCCUUUCCUGCUUUGGCUCUAUGAAUGGGGGUGUAUUUGCUGUCUCCAGGUUAUUCUAUGUUGCGUCUCGAGAGGGUCACCUUCCAGAAAUCCUCUCCAUGAUUCAUGUCCGCAAGCACACUCCUCUGCCAGCUGUUAUUGUUUUGCACCCUUUGACAAUGAUAAUGCUCUUCUCUGGAGACCUCUACAGUCUUUUGAAUUUCCUCAGUUUUGCCAGGUGGCUUUUUAUUGGGCUGGCAGUCGCUGGGCUGAUUUAUCUUCGAUACAAACGCCCAGAUAUGCACCGUCCUUUCAAGGUGCCGCUGUUCAUCCCGGCUCUGUUCUCCUUCACGUGCCUCUUCAUGGUGGCCCUUUCCCUCUAUUCGGACCCGUUUAGUACUGGAAUCGGCUUCCUCAUCACUCUGACUGGGGUGCCUGCAUAUUAUCUCUUUAUCAUAUGGGAUAAGAAACCUAGGUGGUUUAGAAGAAUGUCAGAUAGAAUAACCAGAACAUUACAGAUAAUACUGGAAGUCAUACCAGAAGAAGAUUGUCACAAAUUAUGAACUAAUGCAUUGAAAUCCUGGCACCCUUCCCAAGGCAGAGAUGCAACAUGGAUCUUUUAUUUCCUGAAAAUCUGGAGGAUUGCAACUUGGUGAUGGACUCAAGGAAGCAUUUAUUUUUAUUCACAUCUCAUGUAUUAAAACUGAUUUCUGAGAAAUUUAGUUAUAACUCUAUGUAGUUGUAGAAAGCUAAUAUGCAAAUUGCAAUAGGAGUUCAUACAAUUCUUGAGUCUCUGAUACCUACCUGUAGGGAUUAGGGGAAAAGACUAAGGAAUAGACAAUUAAUGUAGUGGUCAUUCUCUACAAAAUAGCUAUCAUGACUGAGAACCUUGACAUUGAUGACUGAGAUGUUUGUGUAUAUAUGGGUUUUGUAAACAUGGUUUUACAUACUGUAGACGACUAUACUGUGAAAAAUGUUUUCUAUUGUUCUGAGAAAAAGAACAUAUGUUAUUAUUGUGGCAAAGAGGACAGAAAUUGUACAUUGGCAUUGCGUUGCUUCCCCUUAGAUACCAACUUGGCUAUCACUCAUCCGUUCUUGGAUUAUACCCAGAGCACUUGAACAAAAGAUGAGGGGGGAUGUGUGAAUUUUCUUGAACACAUUAAAGAACAGCUUCCAGGAGCUGUUGUUUACGAGACAAAUCCAAGAAUUACGUUUGAAUAAAAGUCCUUGAGAAUUUAUUAUGUUAGAUAUUUUUUCAAUUAUUGUGAGGAAGGUCCACAGUUAAUGUGCCAUUUUGUUUCUGUGUCAGUUCAUUCAAUCAGGAUGUUGUGUCCAGUUUGGUAACAAAUUAAGAGUAACUUCCUGUUUUCCUAAUAAUUUACCCAAACAUGGACAUAUCUAAAUAUAUACAUUAUUAAAUCUUCAAAUUAGAACAUUAACUUGAGAGAUAUCACCAUAAAGAAAAUAGUCAAAUUAAUAGCCCAUCCUUAGUCAAUUAUAGUCAAUUAUAGUCAAUUAUAAGCCCAUCCUUAUAAUUGCAUCUGUAUGCAGUGUUAGUAAUCUUAACAUUUUUUUUUCUUUUUAGUUCAUGGCUAUUUUAACAUGGUAAUGAAUUUUAACAGUUUGUGCAUUUCCUUCAUAUAUUUUAUAUUCUGUUAAACUGUCUCUCGGGGUAAAACUGCCCAGGUCAAUUAGGAAAAGGCAUGUAUUUACAUAAAAUUUGAGGAAGAAAUGUCACUGCUAAAUAAGAUUCACAACUGUUGUUUCUAAAAAAAAAAAAAACUUACUUCUAGAUCUAGGUUUUGUCAGUAGUUUCCUUAAUUGUCAUUCCAUCUUCAAAUGAGAUAACUGAUGACAAGUUUAUUGAAAGCAGGAGAAACUGCAUGAGUGUGUGUCUUCAGACAGGUGGCGUUAUGCUGGGAUUAGAAAAUACUGUGGAAUUUUCAAAUGAAAAUAAUAUAAUUAUGAAAAAUUCAAACUAUUAUCUAUACAUAUCAGAUUAAAUGGUCAGUCAUGGCCAGAGUAUGUUUCAUCCCUUAAUUUUUAUCCGUUUGAAAAUAAGAAAUUUUCAAAGAAUUAUACUGAUUAAAAUCAUUAAGACCAGACAGAGUUCAUGGAUAAUUAUUCAAAGUAGAAAUGGUGAUUUGAAAUUGGGAGUAAUUUCAAUUCAUUAAUUUAAUUUUUACUCUUGAUAACAUUUAAAUAUAUACCCAAGAUUGAUUUUUAUUUUAGCUAAACCUAGUAUUUAGGUCACUAAGUGAAUUCCUAUCGGCUCUUCCAUUUAUUCUUAGCAUUGGGUUUUCAGAUUUUGAUUUGUAGUCCCUGCCUGCAAUAUGCAUUGUUUGUUAGUCCACAUCUCUCCCUACUAUGUAUUAUUUAGAGGUAAAAAGUUCUUUUGUAUACCUAUUUUACACUGUCUAGACCCAGAAGAUCUAAACAGCAGAUUCUUCUUGAGAUUGUUCUUGUCCAGUGAAACAUGUCUUGGAGAGUUUGUGUAGGACUUAGUUAUUCCUGAAGUUAAUGUGCUUAUGUCAGCUGUAGCCGAUUGGUCUCAUGUUUUUAUUUAUUUGUUUAUUUUGGGUUUUAAUAUCUCUUUAAAUGUGUCAUUAUGUAUCAUUGUGGAGGCUAGCUAGUAUAUAUAUUUCCCCUGCUUCCCACAGUGUUUUGUAUAUUACCUGGUUUCUAGAGCCAUUGGAAUACCAUUUUAACUAGACAGAAAAUCAACCAGUAAUUUUUUUAAAAGGUGAUGGAGAUUAGGUCAUUUAUCAACUUAUUUUUAGGACACAUCAUAAAAACAUAGGGUUUCUUUAAUCAAGGAAUGAUCUUUCCAAAUUUUUACCCAAAAUGGCAUCAUGUAACAGAAAUCCUAGUUCAAAAACUCUCCUGCCCACUUGUAUGUGCAUAUUUUUAUACAAAGUAAAAAUUUUCUCAUAUCUUUGGAUUGAUGUAUAUGUAUAUGUAUAUGCACAUAUGUCCAUAUGUGCUGUGCAUGUGUUAUACUUGUGCCAGUGUGCAAAUCAAAUGUUUCUAUAACACCAUGAGUUUAUUAUAACAGAAAAAAUGGCCAAUACCCAAUACAGUUUAAAAUAACCAAUGCACUAUUUUCAAAUAUUGUUUUUUAGCGCAUAAAAUAUUUAAUUUUGAUAUAAAAAGAUCUAGUGAAGACUUCCAGAGCUAAAACACUACUCAAAAGAAAUGAUUUUCCUUGCAUGAUUAAGAAUAUUAGCAGUAAAUAUUUUUCUUACAGGGCUAUUUUGACCCUAUUAUUUUAAAGUAUUAGAUUUUUUCCUUUGAUCAAAUGAAGAAAACUAGACUAUCAUAAAAGUGAUCUCGUUAGCUGAAAGUAGACUCUGUUCUUGUCUUUCUUUAGCAGAUUAUGGAUCUGUUCUAGAAAAGAUGGCUGGCUCCAUUUACAAAUAAUAAAACUUAGGAGUGUGCAUCCACUUGCCUGUGCAUUUACACUGAAGCUCCUGCAGCCCUGCUGAAGUCAGAUAUUAGGUUACAAUAACAGUGGAGGGCAGUUUCUCUAACACUAAAAUGUGCACUUGGAAAUACUUCCAGAUUGUCUUAUUUGUCUGGUGGAAUUGUCUUCCCAUUCGCUGUUUGAUAGAUCAACAGAUGGUUAACAGGAGUAUAAUUGCAUAACAGAAUUCUUCAUGAACUGUGAUCAGUCUUCAAGAAACUCAUUAUUUUAUCUCAAUUGGCAAAUGAAUGUAAGGCCAAGAAAGAUAUCAACUUUGACCUUUGUUAAUGUUGAUCUCUUACAAUUCAGGUAUAAGUUAAGAAAAGAUAGAAAAUUGAAGGUCAGAGUAUCAGGAAAUGAAAGGUAGUAUCCGAUUAGAGGUAACUAUUUUGAUGAUAUGCAACAUGUUAUGUAAUAUAAUUGGAGAAUAUUAAAAACUAAUUGCUAUGCAUAAACCAAUAUCCUGAGAAACUAAUGAAACAUAAGCUUCAGUGUCUUUCCCAUAGAUAGGCCCCUUCCAAGAUCCUGAACCUAACUUUACUUUGGGAAACUUGUAUAAAUUUUCUUCAAGAAGACCAGCAAAAUUAUGUUUACUUCUGUCCCCACAAAGUCUGCAUCUGUCUCUGUGAGUAAUGUAAAAGAAUGCCCUUUCUCCCCACUAGAAAUAAGUGUGGGGCAUUAGUGGGAUAUAUUUUUAAAUAUUCAAUUUAUAUCUUAAUUGAAAUAUGUAGAUUUCUCAUAAAAUAUGUUAUAUGCUAUAUAAGGAAAUAGCUUCAGCUUUAUCAUAUUUUGUGUGUCAGUUGUGAAUGACAAAAAUAGCGAAUGUGGUUUUAAUCAUAAGAUCUUUUUCUUAGUUUGGAAAGGAAUAGAGAGAUUUGAGAUUUGAAUACAGAUAACUCAAGAAAUUUGAGUUUACUUGAAUAUAAUCAUGCUUCAUUUUACUCUACAUGAUAUGCAGUAUUUUGGUGCUGAUAAUGUUUACAGAGGUGCAUUCUAUUUUCCUAACCAUUCAGUCAGGAAUUAAGUCAUGGCAUUGUGAAACUGGCAAGAAGUUCAUCGUGCAUGUAAAUUAGAGUAGAUAUGAAUUAUUUCCAUAGCUUCUGUUUACAUUAUUUAUAUGUAGGUAAUGGAAUUAUUGCCUAUAUAUAUAUUUUAGCUUAAAUUUCCCCAUAAACAGUAUUUUUAAAAUCUAUCUUAAUAUCCAUAGUGUCUAAAAUUGUGACCUUUAAGUAGUUUAUUAGUAGGCUGUAGUUUAGUAGUACUGUACUUAAAAAAUAUAAUUCAACAGUUUUUGAAGAUAAUCCUUUCUCCCUUUUAUUGCAUUUUCAAAUUAAUUGGUGUCUGAAAAGAAGUGUUUUAUCUAUUUUUAGAUCAAAUGCAGAUUCACAAAAGGGUGAAUCAUGGUCUCAUAGAAAGUUCACCCAUUUUCUUCAUGUUGUGAGGUACCGUCUUUCCUUACAACCUUAUAACAACAUUAACUUGACCUUUUAGAACCAUUUCUCUAUCUUAUUUGAAUAAAUGAAUGAUUCCUUUGUUGGAUUUUUUUUUUUAAACAUUAAGCCCUCAAGAUAGGAAGUGAGUCUCAAUUUGCAUUUGCAAAAUUAUCUAGAUUUUCUCAGUGAAUAUAGAUAAUUAGUGAAUCUGCCACUUAGGUUUACUUUCCUGGGAGUAUUUUCCCCUCUUCUUAGUUACCAUUGACUUAAAACAGUGAGAAUGGUUGCAGUUUCCAAAUAGAUCUCUGUUCCGUGUGUGUAUUUCAGCCUGUGUGGAUCAAGGGUACAUUUAUAGCAUCAGUAACUGCCUAUACACUUUUAUAGAUAACGAUUCUCUCCAGAAACUGGAGCAUUAGGCAUCUGAGAGCCACACAGAUGGCCGCAGUGAUUUGAAAGUGAGCAUACUGGUUUUCCCCUCAACAUAUACACUACUGAUAUUUUUAAAGUAUGAUUUUCAAGUGAAAUAAUUUAUUGGUUAGAAAAUCUGCUUGCUAAGUUCUGGUUACCUCUUGUUGAGGCCUCUGAAGGCCACGCUGAAAACCAGAGGGGAAAAGAAAAAAAAAAGACUAAUGCACAGUUAUCUCCUUUGCAAUAACGACUCUAUUUUGAGCACCUUUUGCAACAGGGUAU